AUGGCGUGGCCCGAUUCAAAUACCCAAGGACCGCACAUUGCGGCGGACAACAGAGGGUCUGGCAGUCAGUACGUCACUGAAGGACAUGGAGACCAAAACGUGGCCUACGGGAACGGCGUGCAGUACAACCUGCAUGCCUACUACUACAACUUCACGCCCGUCAUCAGCUGGCUGAUGGGUCAGUGGGACCUGUCGGCCUUGAACUUCCGCCGCCACCACUCCGAGUACUGCAGCCAACGAGAACCAGGUACAGGCGGAUGGGUCCUGAGCAGCAAGGUAUUUCAGAGUUGGAAGAGCCCAUCCACAACUUCGAGGUUUCUGCAGCUACACGGAAAUCUGGGAUCCGGCAAAACCAUUCUCGUAUCCCUCAUCGUUGACACCAUAUUGGAAGAAAUAAGAGGGCGAAAUGACGUUGCUUGCAUUUACUUCUAUUCCCAAGGAGAAGACCACAAACCACCUGAGUAUAUUUGGGCCACUCUGUUGGCACAGCUCCUUCAAAAUCAUGGGUAUGAAACCCUGGCGCAGGAAGUCAUGGACGAGUUCAACAUGUCACUUCAGGGAUCGACUACACUCCAUUCAUCACAGUAUCUCCAUCUAUUCAACGCCCAAGUGGCCACGCUCAAGACAGUCUACCUGGUCAUUGAUGACUUGGACAGCUUUCCCGAUGUCCCCGGCCGAAGCUCGCGCCAGAUGAUCAUGAAUGACCUCAAAGGCAUGCCGUACAACGUCAGAGUCCUUUUCACAUCCAAGCAGGCCGGACCGUAUCAACAGCUGCGCAUUGAACCAAAGAAAAGCGACAUAGAGACCUAUGUCAGAAGUAGAGUCCAGAGCAAUGCGGUCCUCAACGGCGAGAGAGCAACGGCUAUCCAUCGGCAGGAGGUCAUCGAAGAAGUCACCAGAGUGACAUUGACGAGCAAGAUCUUUCUGUUGGCCAGGCUGCACAUGGACAACUUGAGCAAGCAGGGGACUCUUGCCGACAUCAUGGCCGCAUUGCGUCAGCUGCCCGACAGCUCACACAAUGCAUUCGAGGCGUCGAUUCAGCAAAUAACCAAGAAACCCGAGUUUCAGAGCAGUCUAGCAAGACACGUUCUUACUUGGGUGGCACAUGUAAAAUCCGACUUGAACGCGGAACAGAUUCGGGAUAGCUUUGCCAUCCAAAGGAGCAAGGGAAUACGUUUCCAAGACCAUCGGCCAUCCACAGACUCGGUGUUGUCCGUCUGCGCUGGUUUGGUCAUCAGGGACACGAGCAACGAUAGCCUGCGCCUUGUCCACGAGUCCGUGCAGGAACAUCUGGAACAACACGGCAUCAUUUCGCAGGAUGCCGAAUUGGAAGUGACCACCCGUAAUUGGUGCACCCAUCUCGGCUGCCUUGGCCAGAAAAUUGACCCCGGGACCGACGCCUUGGUUCUCAAGUUCCUGAAAGACAGCUCCAAGCUAACGAGGGCAUUUCGUCAUAUCGAUGAGACCAAGGACCGUGGUCUGGAUGGCAUGACCGGCCUACACGCCGCCAUGCAUUACAACAUCCCAUCCUGGGCGAAUCGUCUCAUCAAAAUCGGCGUCGACGUGAACGCAAAGUGUCGUGACGGCCAAACUGCUGUACACUGGGCCGUGAGGUACGGCCGGCGGAAACUCCUGAAACUACUCAUUCGAAACUCUGCAGAUUUGAAUAUGCAGGAUAGAGCUGGCGAUACACCACUACACAAAGCUCUCAUGGGGUCGACUAGCCACGGUGCUGAUAUCGUGCAAGACUUGGUUAAGAGCGGCGCGAGAUUCGACAUUCCGGGCAACGAGGGACUGAGUCCCUUGACGUCGGCCAUCAAGUAUGGUCCUACGUCCAUUGCUGACAUAUUUGUCAAGAAUCAGGUCGAUGUGAACGCCGAGAGCUACGAGGACUGCACUUCGUUGAGACAUGUGUUUUGCAGUGGGCCUGACGUGGUCGGGGGAGGCGUGGGGAAGACGGCUCGUUCAGGAACCCCAGACGGAUUGCUUAGACAAGCCGUCGAGAGCCAUGCUCGUUAUCUGAUGAAGCGCCUGUUGUGGAGAGGGGUGGACCUGAAUCGUCCCUCGGCCAAGGAUGAAUGGACUCCCCUGAUGGACGCAGUCGAGAGACAAGACGUUGACACGGUGCAGCUGCUCGCCGAACACGGGGCAGAAGUUAACAUAAGGACGAAGGAUGGUUCGACCCCGCUGAUCGAGGCGGUAAAGUUCAGAAACCAGAAACUUGUCUGGGCGCUGCUGAACAGAGGAGCCCGGCCGGAUGAGCGAAAUGACAAAGGCUGGCCGGCUCUCUUCUACGCCAUCAAGAACGGAGAUAGGGCCAUAGUUUGGCUCUUGGUCACCAAUACGGCGGACCUGACUUUUGAGGGCAAGAACAUUCCAAAUGCCCUUGAGCUGGCCUUGAAAUGCCGCGAUCUUUCCGUGGCCUGGCUCCUGUGCGAGCACGGAGCCAGUCCGGGCGCCGCUGACGACCGGGGCACAACGGCGCUGCACCGGGCUUCCAACAGGGGAAGCCUCGCGGCAGUGCGCUUUCUUGUCGACCGGGGAGUUGACGUUGAUGCCCGGGACCGCGAUGGGCGGACCCCGUUGAUGCUGGCUGCGCAGCUGGGGAAGGAGGUUGCGGUGCGCCAACUGGUGGCUGAAGGAGCCAAUGUCAAUACACAAAACGCGAGUGGAUGGACAGCAGAGGACUACGCGGGGGGUCAUGCUGGCAUUCAGAGCUUCCUUCGCAACAAGCUUCGUCUCUAG